UGAAACUUUCGAUGACGUUCCAAUUUUGACAGUGACAAAAGAAAUUGGUAUUCACCGCAUCAAACCGUGACUUUCAUAAUUUGUUUUAGUAUCUAAAUAAUUGUUAAGUUUGUAGUGAAAAUUCAUUAAACAUGGCAGCAUCUGUAGUGAACGCAUACAGCGACCCUUGUAUUCCUGAAUGGAUGAAUGCACCGCACAGCACAGGAACCUCAAUCAUGGCGUGCGAAUUCAAUGGUGGUGUGGUCAUCGGCGCCGACUCUCGUACCACGACCGGCGCUUACAUUGCCAACAGAGUGACCGACAAACUCACUAGGAUUUCCGACCAUAUUUACUGCUGCAGAUCAGGGUCGGCCGCUGACACCCAAGCCAUUGCUGAUAUUGUAACUUAUCAUUUGAAUUUCCUCAAGAUGGAGCUGGGUGAGCCUCCCCUAGUUCACACAGCCGCUGCUAUGUUCCGUGAACUUUGCUACAACUACCGUGAUUCCUUGGUCGCUGGUAUCCUGGUUGCCGGCUGGGACAAGAAGAAUGGAGGACAAAUCUACUCUGUCCCCAUUGGUGGUAUGGUGCAACGUCAACAAGUUUCCAUUGGUGGGUCCGGUUCAAGCUAUGUGUAUGGUUACGUGGACGCCAACUUCAAACCGAACAUGAGCAAGGAGGAAGCUAUCAAGUUUGUUACCAACACCCUGACACUUGCCAUUCUUCGUGACGGCUCAUCUGGAGGUGUUGUGAGGCUCGGAGUCAUCACUGAAGCUGGUGUUGAACGCUCUGUCGUCUUAGGCGACCAGCUACCUAAAUUCUAUGAGGGCUAAUUUACAUUUGCACUUUGUACUUUUAUUUUGUAAGUAAUAAAACUUUUUGGAAACAA